CAGUAACUCAUAUUAACUUUUAUAUUUAUGUGCACAUGAAUAUGUACCAAUUAUUUUAUAAAAUGUAAAUAAUCUUGAAUUACAUUUACUAUCAUUGCAUAUUGUUAAAAAUGGAUCUAGAAGCAAAUAUAGUUGAACGGUUGGAAAAACUAAGACAGUGGCAAGUGGAGCAACAGGAACGAUUAUUUAAACAACAGCAAAUGCAAAGAGAAAUAUUAACUCAAAAACAAGAUUGUAUAUAUAAAGCACUUGAAUUAUCAUUACAAGAGCUUGAUCUUAGUGGAAACAUAUUGCAUGCAAACAACUCAAUCGAAAUUAAAUCAACUUCCGAGGCUGAUAGUGAAGAUGUGAUAAAUUAUAACAAAUCACAGAGUAUAGGCAACUCUAUGGAAAUGGUUAGUGAAAAUGUAAAUAAUUUUAUUUCUCGAGAACAAUCAUCUCAUAAAGAUUUAAUUGAUGAGGCUAUUACUUAUAAUGAUCAUGAAAAACAACGAAUGAGAGGUAAUAAUGACAAAGGUUUAAUGCUAUUUUCACCUGAACAAGGGAAAAAGAUAGAUCAAUUUAUUAUAGAGGGAAUAGCACCACUGUUGUCCAAGAAAAAUUGUAUUUGCAUAGAUGAUGUACCACUCCCUUCUCCAAGAAAAGAUUUUCAUACAUUACUCGAAGAAAAACUAAAAGAUUCUGAAAAUGUGUCAGAAGAGAAAUCUAGUAGCAAUUCAACAAUUAAGAUGAAAAAACCAUUUCUAAGGAAAGGACAAGGUUUAUCCAGGUUUAAAUUAAAUAAAGAUUCACAAGCGUCUUCAACAAAACCAAGAUUACAUAAUGCAUCAUCCUCUACAUGCACACAGUCUGAGCAUUCUAGACAUCUUAAAAACGAAUUUCGAAAUAAUAACACAAAUAGAUCUGUAAAAGCUAAAGAAGUAACAAAAUAUCCGCAAAAACAGUUGUGUUUGAAGAACGUACCACUACCAAAAAAGAAACUUCGCAGUAAAUCAGAAUCUAGUACUUCAGUUGCUCAAGUGGAGGAUUAUAUCAAUGACUUUAGAAAUACAGCUGAAUUAGGUACUUCAGACUUUCAAUCGAAAACACAAAAAGAAAUCGAAGAAGUAAGGAUGUUUGAAUUGUUAGAAGAAAAAGCAGAAAAUUCCAGCUUCUGUUCUACAUCUAGCACUGUCGUUGCAUUUUUGCAACAAUCAACACCAUUCAAAGCAAAACGACAUCUAAUGAGUCCAAUAAUUAAAAAUCCUAAGUGUCAGUCAGUUUUAAAAGCCAACAAUGCUUUUGUACAUGUGAACAGUGUGCCUUCUUGUGAUUAUAAGUCUAUUUUAAGUAAAAAAGAAUUGUUUUCAAAGGAAAAUAAUAACACUUUGUAUGGUAUAAAACCUUCUGAACAGUUUAAGGAGAAUACUAAAGUAAAUACGAACAUAAAAAAAUAUAUACCAUCAAAAAAUUUAAUUCAGUCUACAUGUGAGCAAGAAAAUAUGUAUGAAACUGCCAAUGUUGAAGAAAACGAUAUAGAUAUUAGUCUUCAUGUCAGAUUUUCAGAAUAUAAUGAGUAUAAAACUAUUGGAUUAACGGACACAUCAAGUAUAUCGACUGAAUCUUUGACGGUACAAAAUUUUUGCGAUGGAAAGAUUUGGAACGACUCUACAAGUCUGGAAAUAUCUGAUACAGAAAUGUCACAGUCUUCAAUCAUUAUGCAAGACAAGGUUCAAACCAAUAAUUAUGAAUUAAAAUUUGAACAAUGUAGCAUACAACAAAAAUUAAAUUAUGAUACACAAAUACAUGAAAGUAUAAAGCAAGGGAAUGCUAUAAAUUAUAAUGAGGAUGUGCAUCAACAUAAUUAUAAUGAUGAAUCAGAAUUUUCAGACACUACUGUGCAAACAUUAGAUAAUGAGCAAAGUAUUUUAGAAGAAUAUAAGAACACAUCGAUGUUACAGGAUACAAAUAAUUUUCGGAACACUCAAAACUCAGAAAACUGUAGUGAUAAGGAAACAAUUGAACUAGUAGAUAGUUACAACAAUGUGGCCAUAAUUGAAGAUGAAAGAAAUGAAGAGAAUCUGCAGAAAUCAAAUGAAACCAUUUUUAAAUCAGAACUUCUGAAAACCCGGCUAUUAGAACUUGAACACGAAAUCAAUAUAUUUCGUAAAGAAAAUGCAGCUUUAUCUGUUCAGCGUAACAAAUUUCAAGAAGAUCACAGAAAUUUACGGAGAGAAUAUAUAGAAAAAGAGAAAAAGUUAGAAGAAACUAGGAAACAAAUGGAGGAUCGUUUACAAGAAGAAAGAAAGAAAUUGGUCCGUGAAAAAACUGCAUUGGAAAAUAGGAUGCGGGAUUCGCAAGAAAAAGCUCAACAGAGUAAACUAGAAAGACGAGAAAUUCAAAAUUUAAGACAAGAAAUGGAAACGUUGAAAGAAGAAUUAAAUCUGAAGGAAAGUAGAUGGUAUGCUGCACAAUCCAGACAUAAGUGUCAGAUGAGGAUAUUGAAAUUAGAAAACAGUAAACUAAAGCAGGAAAUUGAAAAAUUACAGUAUUUGAAGAAAAGUAAUGCUAAAACUAAAGGAAAAUUGGGAACCUUCUCAAAUACAAAAGCAAUUCACCAAAUUAAUAAACAAAUUAAUAUGCAGAAUAAAGAGCCUAGGAAAGGCAAUGAUAACUCAUCAUCAAAUGAGAAAGAUCAGAAGUCAUUGGAACCAAUAACAAGAUCAACAAGUACAAUUGGAACUCAAGAUGUAGAAAGUUAUAAAAACAGUGUUAUGAAUGAAAAAUUACAGAAAUGCCAAACAAGCGCGAUAAACGUUGCCAAAAAGCGUAAUUUAUAUGAGACUUUGAUUAAAGAAGCAACAUUAGAUUUAACAAAUAGUCAAGAACAAUAUCAAGUCGCCAGGAAUUUAAAUGUAUCUAAGUCUGACUUAGAUAAUGAGUCUGGAAAAUUAAAUGAUUCGAUAGAUGCCAUGAAGAAUGAUUCUGAAGAGUUAAUUAAAGAUUCAGAUGCUGUGCUUUUUAAUUAUACAACAAAUAACACGAGUGAGCAAUUUACAACUCCAUCUAAAAUGUCUCAUAAACAUCAUAAUCACAACACAGCCUCAAUAUCAUCAGAUGAAUUAUCAUCAAAUACUUGUAUAAAGAAAAUGCCAUCACCUUGUCAAAAUAAUUCUGACAUUGAUAUACAAAGCAAAUUCGUAAAGCAAAUUGAACAUUUGGAUGGACACAUUGAGUAUUGGUAUCCAAAUGGAAAUGUUAAAAAGAUAUUUCCAGAUCAAGGUUUAACUAAAUUAUUAUACUAUAAUGGAGACGUUCGAGAAACUAGUAAAGAUGGGAAAGUGAAAUAUUUCUAUGCAUCAACUCGUACAUGGCAUACAACAAUGCCAGAUGGAAUAGAAAUUUUAGAAUUUGCUGAUGGUCAGAUAGAAAGAAGAUUACAUGAUGGUGCUAUAGAAGUAUCAUUUCCUGAUGGCUCUACACGAGUUUCAGAAUCAGAUGGUUCUGAAAAGGUGACUUUGCUAGAUGGGACUAUAAUUCAAACAUUUACUAAUGGAGACAAAAUUUUUACUUUACCAAAUGGACAACGGGAGAUACAUACUAAAACGCAUAAGAGGCGAGAAUAUCCUGAUGGUACAGUUAAAUUUAUUUAUUCUGAUGGUACUCAGGAAACAAGAUAUUCAAAUGGUAGAAUACGUCUCAAAGAUAAAGAUGGUAAUCUUUUAAUGGAUUCAUACCAAUAAGAUCUGUAGAAAAUAUACAAAAAUGGGGAUUAGAAAUAAUACUUGCUAAGUAGUUCAAUUAAAAUAUAUAAAUAUAUCUUAAAUAAUUUUUAUUCACAUGUUAUUGAAAAUAUGAUUAAGUGUAAUUAAUACUAAUAUAAUAAAUUACAAUGCAUGACAAAUAAAUAAAAACUAAAUUUUACAAUUUUAUAAUGUUAAAAAAUAAAAAUAUUUUUUAAUAAUAUU